AGUACGCGUGUAUGUACUUACUUAGGUAUGACUAAAAGCAUUGCAGGUGACCGGUGUGGGCUCGAGGUUGAGAACCCCCUAAAUGUUUCGUAGCCCGUUGUAGCCCGUAGCCUGUGUGUAGCCUGUAGCCCAUAGCCCGGACCAGCCCAGACCCGAAGCCCGAAGACCGAAGACCGAAGGCGAUGUCCAGUGCGCUACGGUGCAAGGAAGGGGGAUGGUUUUCGUUGUUGUGGUUGUGCAGUGUACAUUGUUUCUCCGGAUACAGCCAGUGAUUCGAGAGCAACAACGAUUCUCGCCGACGGAACGGCGAGGUACAAAGUAAUAUGCCUGGGGAACGCGAUACCCCGCGAUUACGUGCAUCGUUAUUAUUGCGAGCGAAGGUGCGCGCGCGCGCGCGCGUUCUCCGCGCGUGCAUACAUGACACGGCACGACACAACGCAUCACGCUCACACGCAUACACACGCAUACGCUUCGACGUCGUUGUAUGUUGUACUUAAGAGGCGCAACGAUCUCUGCUCGGCUCUGCGUGUCGGUGUGUUUGCGGUCGAGCACUGUGAUAUGUGGAAAAGUGCGAAGUGAACAAGGAGAGAGUGAGAACCGCGAGAGAGCGAGAAACCCUCCGAUUUCUUGAAUCGUCGGAAACAGUACCGACAAUAAAGUGGGGAAGUUGCGAAAACGAGGGGAACAGGGAGAAAAACAAGGUUUGCUUUGCGCGCGGUCCACGGUUGUUUCCCUCGCCUCCCGUUUUUCUCCAUUCCCCUGUUUCGUUUAUCCGAUCUGGUGUUUCUGUGACGCAAAAGAGCGCGUGUGCUAUUUCGUAUCCGCCAUCCGCUUGUGGUUUCCCGAUGCGGGUGUGAGCGCCAGGUAGAGAGAGAAAGAGAGAGAGCGAGAGAGAGAGAGAGAGAGAGAGAGAGCGAGAGAAGGACAUCGGACGGAAGGUAUACUUGGACGGUGAGUGAAGCGACGAGAAGCGGGAAGCGGCGUCGGAACAUUCGUUUAAGGCCGGCGUUUCGUUGAUUUUGAGCGACUUCGAGCAACUUUGAGCCGUGUUCAACUUCAACGUUUUUCUUGAUAUCUCGAUCUCAGAGGAGCCCCGCGGCGAUUCGAUCUCGGCCAGCGGAGGCGGUUUCACGAAAAUGCGAUACGAGUUGUUAGGCCGCCUAGCGUAGUGUAUCGCCUAGCGGCGACGGGCCCAGAGAGAAGCGGCGGAAAAAUGGCGUCCGAUAACGAAGCCUCUUGCGCGAGUGACCCAAAUUUCGCUGUGAUCUGCUCGUUCCUCGAGUGCUUUGGCAAGUCCUGUGGCAUCAUUUAUCCGGAUAUCGCGCGCCUUCAAGAGAUGCUCGAGAACACGCAGGAUGUACCACAACAAUUGAUAGACCUACACAUCAAAUUGUUGCGUAAAACACGUAAAACGGUAUCACCAGAAAAAUGGGAACGAGCACUGGUCAAGUUCUGCCAUACGUAUUCUAAUCAGGAUGGAUGGGAACUCGAACGUUUUGGUUAUAAAAAGGCUCGCAUCGCGGUUAAGCUACGCUUACUCAAAGUUCUUUUGGAAACUCAAUUCGACUUGAAUCAAAAAUUUAAAAAUGAAGUGAAUAAAUUGGCAGCUAACGAACUACGCGUGGAACCAAUGGGCAGAGAUAAAUCUGGUUUAGCAUAUUGGUGUCAGCUCGACGAAGAGUGCAAUAUAAGAGUUUAUAGGGAAGAUAUAGAUGAAGAAAAUUGGGAGCUUGUGGCUAAGGAUCGGGAAGGUGUUGUCAAUCUUAUAAACACCUUAUCGAAUGGCGAGAUUGCAGCUAUUCCGAUCAAUGAAGAUAGCAAUAGUUUAGAAAUUUCUGAGAAACCUAUUAUCGAUACGGGGCAAAUAACAACGUCCCCAAGUUUGGAAGACGAGACUGUGCAAGAAAACGGUGUUCACAUCGAAGGUUUGGACGGAAAAGAAAUAGCAAAGAAUAGAGCCGAUUAUUGCGAAGAGGAAAGACAGAAAGGUAACGCCAAGGAAAUCGAUCGCGCCAAAGAAGACGUGGUGGAAGCCGAGGAUGAGGCAACGAACGACGAAAAUUCGAAAGAAAAUACAGAAGAAGACGAUUCUCAGGAAAUAAUAGAAAAUCAAGCAGCGGAGUCAAAUUAUGUUGCUGCAUCUUCCUCGGUACCGAAAUCUUCAUUGACAGUCAAUAACGAGAAAGUUGAUGCAACAUCAGGAAAAGAAUCGACCGUGUCCCAAGAAAGAGAAACGAACAAACCUCAAGAGUCUGGAAUUACAACUGUUUUUAAUAUAUCUAAUGCUAAAUCUGAGGAACAUGAUAUGGCAAUAUGUAAUAAUUCGAAAGUUAAUGCGGACGAAUUGUUGCCGCUUAAAUCGAUUGAAACACCUGUUAUCACGUCUCCUCUGAAGUUGGUAAACAUUGUUGAAAUGAAACAAUCGUACGAAGAGAAGCAGAUUGCUGGGACAACAACGGCAGGUACAGGUCUGAACGUAAAAAAACAAGAAGACUUAGUGGAACAAAUGGUUAAACCGUUGGACAAGUCGGCCAGUAAAAAUAGUCUUUCGUUUCCAUCGACGGAUAUGCCAACGAUACACAGUAAAUUAUCCGUGAAACCUAUCGAUCAAUUGGCGGCAAACCUUGUAAGGAUACAAUCGGAGAAACUCGAAAAGCCAAGUGGCGCCAAAUCUUUGGAGAAAAUAGCCGAGAAUUUGGCAAGAUCGAGUAGCAUCGUUGGAGGAAACACGGUAAACGGAGACGAUGACCGAUUACCGCAAGAUUUCUGUGCAAGAGGUCAAACUGAGAAAGCCAAUACGCUUAGAGGGCACAGGGGUAUGGAUUUAUCUACGUCGCCCAGAGGCUGGGAAGGUGCUAACGAACAAAAUAGGCCGAUGGAUUUCUCCGGAAUAGAUUUAUCUAGUCGAAAGUUCAAUAAAGGUGUGGAUUUACCGACUGCCGGUUAUAGAACGCAAGACUUUCAACACAGAGAAAUGGACCUUAGUACGAAGAAAUUGAAUAAACCAGAAGUGACGAACUCACCGUACGACGCUCGUGCUGUGAUGAUGCGUAAUCACGCGAUGGUCGCGGACUUGAGUAAAAGACAAAUGUCGUUUCCUGCUUAUGAAAUGGCCUCUACACCGUAUCAUAAUACCGCCAGGUUACCCACCAAGGAAGACCACAGAUUACCAAAUUACACGAUACUUCCGGAUCCAAGCAAGAUAACGUCUUUAAGGAUGAGCGCGACAUCGAUAAAGCGUCCGAUAGAAGGAGACGAUAUGCAACAGGAUGUGUUGAAAAGACUAAGGGCCGACGUGAUACCGAUCAGAGGAUCUAUGGAUAAAAUACCGCUUAUCGGUAGAAACUGGAGGGACGAAGUUGGCGAAGCCAUCGAAGAACCAAUGAUGAUGAUUCAAGGCGAAGGAUCGGGCAGCGAUUGCGAUGCUGUCAACCCCGGCCUUGGCGAAGCAGUCGAAGAACCGAUUGUUUUUAUUUACGGUGAAGGGUCCGGAGAAGAAUGUCAGACAGGCAAUCCCGGCGAGGACACGUCGGCCGACAAUAAAGAAAGCAACGAAUCAAAAAACGAAGCUGACUCGGCUACUUCGUCUCUGUCGCCAAAUAAUAAAAGCUUAUCCGAGGAGAUCCUUCUAACCGAGAUUUCAACCGGUUGCUCGCUGGUAACGACGAAUAAGCCUACAAUCAAAUUAAACAGGAAUUUCCCUCAGUCCGGUGUCUCUAAUACAAAGCUGCCAAGUAGCAAUUGUCAAGUUGUAGGUUCGACGCAAGAGAAGCCAAAGUUCAAGCCAACGUUGGGUAUUCAGAUUAUACCGAAGAACACGAGCAGUUCCGUCAAGAGGAUGUCGAGAUGGGAUGUUGGGAAACCAGGAGAGAAGACAGAGUGCGAUAGUAGUAUCAUAUCAAACGAAAGAGACAUAUCAUCGAAGAAUGACGAAACCGAGUGCGAGGAUUCUACCAAUGAGAAGCAACGCGUGAAAAUAGAUGGAAACUCUGUACAUACCGAGAAUGUAAGGUUACACGAGAAGAAUAUAGAAGCGGCGAGGCGAGAUUCGGAAGAAAACACUGGAAAUAGUUCUGCGGGACACCAACAAAAUUCGACUCUCCAAGAAGCUACGGCAAUGCAGUGCGAUUCGUCUAUAUCUUCGUGUCAAGCGGACACCUCGGAGGCACUCGACUCUACCACGGAAGCAACACCUUCGACACGUUCGAUGAACGACAAAGAACUUUCGCGAAACGUUUUCAACUCGGACAGCGUGGUUUCGCAAGACGCGACCACCGACGCUUUCUUGCUGGACAAAGUAGACAAUGAAUGCAAACCUGCCGCAUCGCCGCCAAGAUUUUUUUUUGGACCUAAUUGUAUAUCGUACACUUCGAGAGUAGGGUCGUUCGAAUCGCAAUCCGAUCAUACAGUUUCUACAACUAUACAAUCCAAAUCGGACACGUUGCAGUACGAGUGUGUUUCUUCUUCGAAGCCUAUCGAAGAUGUCACGAUCACCUCCUACAAAUCGGACGACUUUGAUGUAACGCAAACCAACAAUAAUUCCUUGAAAGUCAAAUCAUAUACAUCCGAAUCGGACAAUGAAUUGUGCGAGGAUGACAAUAAGACCAGAAUAGAACUGACGGAAGGACCAACCGAUACAUGGGAGCAAUCCGUUUCUUCGAAAUAUUCCAUAAAAGAAAAAUACCGUACGAUACCGAAGACAGAGAUAAACUUGCCGGGAAUGGGGACAGGAUCGGGGUUGGUGUCCAGGUCCAGGUCCAGGUCCAGGUCCAGGUCCAGGUCCAGGUCCAGGUCCAGGUCUAGGUCCAGGUCCAGGUCCAAGUCUAGGUCUAGGUCCGGGUCCGGAUCCAGGGCCAGAUUCAGAUCCAGAUCCAGGUACGUGUCCGAGUCCGAAUCAAUGUCGAAACCAGCAGAAAAUUUGAAAUUGUCUAUCAAUGAUACUGUACAAGAUCCCAUUUCCAGUAGUGAACACGCAACGGACAAAUAUUUGAAAUCCGAUAGAACAGAUGCGCCGAAUGCAGUUUCACAGCCACAUAGUACCAACGAUUUGAGCAAACAUCGUUCGAACGAGGAACUGUCGUCGAGUUCAUCCGUCGAGUUAAGACAGUAUGAAACAUUGGGCAGCAGAGGAUGUGGCACGGUUAUGGAAUCGCAAUCGCGGAACGAAAUGUCGGGCAUGGAAGAUAGCAUUGUGAAAACUACCGAAACUCCGAUAUCUUGUUCGGAAGAUAAAAUUGUUUGCAAAUCUUUCGACUCGGUAACGCUGAAAGACGGCGUUGAUCGGAGAACGGAUUUGGCGUACCUUAACGAUUCGUGUUCGAGCUCGCAGCCCGCGACAAGAUACGACAACGAUUGCGAUUCCGAAUCGAAUCCCGCGGACAAGCCUGAACGUUUCACCGACCAACAAGUCGAUAGUUCCGCGGACAAGGAGCUGGAAAACGUAUGUUCCGGAAAAGAAUCUGAUCCGGCCGUUGAAAAAUUCAACGAACAGCAGAGCGAAGAAACCGAUACUUUACCGAGGAGUAAUACCAAUCGAUUGGAACAGAUGCUGGACGGCGAUAAUGAAAUAGCAGCCAAUAAACAGACCGUUUUAGACGCGGAUACGGUGAACUUCGAUUACGGCGAAGGCAGCGAACAAACUGUGGCAAAUGCUUCGCAGAACAUCCGAAUUCUAGACGAAGUUUCUGAAACUUCUGAAAAAGCGAAAGAAAAUUUGCUGGUUGGCUUGGUCGUAAGAAAUUCUGUGCCCGAUAUUAACACCGAUUUGGACUCCGCGGAGAAUACUGCAGCUGUCACCAGUUCAGAAUCCGUCGAAGAAUGUGAGAAAAAUGAAUUAGUUCCUACGAUAAGUAGCUCGAACAAUGGUUGCGACGAAGACGUUGCUCCGUGCCAAGGCGUCGAAGCGCGUACAAAUUCUGGGAAGACGUUCUCUAAAAAUCAAUAUCCUAUAUCCGAUGUACUACCAUCGACGGAGAUAGUACCUGACACGAAUCAUUUUCGAUCAUCCGAACCUGGUGGUUACGCGAUCGAGAACCCAAAAGACGUGGAUGGAUCUAAUUUGAUCGAAACUGUGAACAAAUUUGACAACGGUGCCGACGACGAUACCGACAAUGCCGACAAUGUUGACAAUGCUGACAAUGCUGACAAUGCUGACAAUGCUGACAAUGCUGACGAUGCUACAUUAGGAAAUCAAAGUACUCGUGCCGAUAGAGAAUCGAUGAAAUUGAACGAAGAUCGCGUGCUUUUCGUAAGCGGUACUUCAUCCGGAACACCUUCGUUGUCCGUGAAAGAGAGAAAAACCAACGUUGUUGUUGAUGUUGCUUCGUUAUCGCGGGAUGCGAAAACGGAGAACCUUGGUUUUACGAAUACUCGACAGAAUUCUUCUAAUUCGAUAGCAGAAUCCAUCGGUUCGGGAAAACACGAUACAAAUGAUUGCAAAGUUGUUUCAAACAUUGGUCGAGAAGAGAGCAAUCGGAAAGAAAAUUUCACGAACGUCGCCGUUGAAGUCGUAAUCGAUUUGCAAAAUCCGAAGGAUAUUAGAAAGUCUGAGACGAUAGUGGAAUCUGGAAAGUCUCGUGGACCUGUGACAGAAACGAAACAAUCUUUGGUUGCAAAUUAUGAGAGUAGCGAUUCGAACGAUGGUAGCGACGAUGUUUUUGAACUUGUUGCAACCGAAUCGCUUAAAAACAAGAACAACUCGAUUGUCGCUAACGUGGAAGUAUCGACGCUUCGCGAUAAGGAAAUCGAAAAUGAAACCGGUGUUUUGGAAGCAUCGAUUCCGACCAGUCGCACCGUGUCGAACGAAGGAAAGUGUUCGUUCGCCGAUGAGCAACAAUCCGAAUUGUUAACGAUGACGGAUAACGGGGAAAUAAUGAAUGAACAAGCCGAGUGGAAAGAUAAGUGCAGCGAGAAAGUGACAAACGAUGAAGAAAUGGUCGAAGAAGAACAGAAUUCGGUUGUUGUAGAAGAUAAUUCGAACGAGAAAUCGAUCGUAUCGAUAAACGAAAGCAAACGUGUAAAUAGCUCCGAGAAAAUCGUUGGCACAGUAUUAACGAGAACCGACAUAUUGUCGGCAAUUUCUCCCGAGGUAGUCGCUGGAAAUACGUGUAACGAAGCGAAUAACGAACGUAUAAACUCGAUGUUGAUCAAAACCAACAAUUUGUUGAUAGACGUUGUAAGAGUUGCGAACGAAAAGAAAUGUUCGAUUCCUCCUAGUAUAGACAAACUGGAACAUUCGAUUGCUGAAAAUAAAAAGAAAUUUAAAACGCUAGAUUAUUCGGUCGAUGAAAUCGAACCCCCUCAGUUGACUCGAGAAGUCGACGAAGCUAACGAAUUUAGCGAGUCUAGCCAGUCCAGCGUGUCUAAUCGUGUCGGCGAUCAGAAAUCUGAUGGGAAUUUCGAAGAACGGUGCUUAAAAUCUGUAGAAGAAAAAUUGCAAACGAAUUCGGAGAACGACAUUAAGUUCGUUAAAUACGAAAAAGUCAAGCAUGUCACGGUAGAACUCGGCACGAUGGAAUCGCGUAAAAUGAUCGUCAGCGAAUUGUCAGAAUUUAGCGACGAAAGGUCCGGAAAGUCUGAGAGAUCUGCAAAUAAAACUGACGCGUGCUCGCACGAUGAAGAAAGUCACCGGGGCAAAGACUUACCGAACGUCGAUGAGUCCGUUCGUUCGGCAGCGAAUGCUUUACCGCUGAAAUUUGAUAAUACAUCGUCGAGCACAGAUCAAUCGGAAACGUGCAAAAAUAACGUUUCAGCUGUAUCGGAAGAGUUUCAACCUAUAGAUAAUCUACAUUUUGGCAAUUUUGAUCAAUCAGAAUGCUCGAAUGUUUCGGAAAAUCACGACGAGAAAUUUGAGGAGCCUCCGCACGCUAGAAAUAAAUCGACGGCUUCUCCCUCGGAAAGUUCUGUUUUAAGGAGAAAUGAAAUAACAUCGGAAACGACCGUCGUUACGAAAUAUGAUUCGACGAAGGAGGUUAGAAAAAGAUUGUGUAACAUUUCCGAAACCGAAGAUAUUCCUGCAUCGAAAUCCAAAUCCCUCUAUGCGGAAUCGAACGAACGAGUAUUAGAAAAUUCAACGGUGUCCAAAGUACAAUUGGAUAAAUGUAUGGAUAAUUCUAGAGAAGAAGACGUUCCAGUCGGUAAGAUCGAAGUAGAGGAGGAUGCUAUUUCGGCCAUUAGGAUAGCAACCGUAACGAAAGAUGAAUCAAGAAGUACCGUUCCCGAUGUUCCCGAUGUUGCUGGUGUUGCAGCCGGUACAGCUGCGGCGGGUGGUAAUGCAUUGGUCGGAAAUCAAGGAAAAGGUAGCGUUAACGAAGAAAGAAAUGAAGAAAACUCGGAGAUUCAAAGUAUCGAAAUCAAAACCGUCUCUUUGGUGUCCGAUGACUCGAUGGGAUUGGACCACGAUGAAAAUCUAUUUGAUGCUGCUCCGGAAGAAGUGGAUCCUUUAGCGUGUACCGACGAGGAUACUCCGAGAAAGAUAGACGAGAACGCGGACAGCGUUGUUCCUAUUCCUCCUCUGCCAAAAAUUGGUUUACGCGUUAAACCCGUGUCCGAACUUACUUACGACGGUUGGAAAUUGGACACUACGGAUCCCCCGAAGGUUUCCCGCAAGAGACGCGGUAGUUUUCACGAGUCGCAUUCGGAGGAUGCGGGAAAACAAGAGGACGAGGGAGUAAUGGGAGGCAAAAGGAUACGGUUACGCGAGAGACGUAUGGCCGAUAAACAAUCGCGGAAGACUGCAGAGAAAUAUCGAAUCGUGACGAUAAGUUCGGAGGACGAGACUGUGAAAUGCGGUUCGGAAAAGUUCGAGGAGCAGGAAGUUAAGGACAUCAGCGACGAUCAGAGCAUCGCGCGUUCGAUCGUGAUCGAACGAAAAGCGAGGGGUCGUCCUAGAGGAAGGCGAAGACGCGGUUACAGAGGAAAUGCGCGCUCGACUCGACCUAAACACAAUGAAUUUCAGAAAAGCAAUCAGGUACCGGAUGUGUCGCCCGAGGUUGUUCAGUUCGAUGGAACACCGAUUACCAACGAUUCUUUGAAUUUAACGCCAAUAUCUCAGAAAAAGCGAAAGAAACGAAAAAUGGUACUGGGUCUCGAGGUUGGAAGAGACAUCGCCGAAGAACAGUCGGGAGCAACCCAAAACGAGACACCUGUUAGACAAUCUAGGAGAAUAGCCCAAUUGAAGAUCAAAGAAGAGGCUGAUAAAAGAAGAAUCGAGGAGGAAACUUUAAAAGAUGACAAAAAAGAGAAAAAAGAUUCCACGGAGAAGAAGAAGCGGAAAAAGCAAAAGCCUGAAAGCGAAGAAGAAGUUGUGAUAAAGGAAAUAGAGAAAGAAAAAAAGUCUAAGAAGAAAAGAAGAAAAAGAAAAAAGAAGAAAAUGCUGUCAAAAUUUAACGAAGCAAAUCCAUGGCAAAGUUCUUCCGGUUCUAGUAGCGACGAAGAGAACGAAAAUGAGGAAGAAGAAGACGAAGAAGAAGAUAUAGAGAGCGAAGGAUCUUUACUGUUCAAGAGCGAUCAUGAAUUUUCACCGGAAAGCGAUCUCGAAAAAGAUCAGGAAUCGGAACCAUUGAGAAGGGCUAGAACUGCUCAGAAAGCUCAGAGCGAUGUCGAAGAAGCGGACGAUGAAUACGCUUGUCAGAAAUGUGGCAAGGCAGAUCAUCCGGAAUGGAUACUUUUGUGCGAUUCGUGCGACAAAGGCUGGCAUUGUUCUUGUCUUAGACCCGCGCUUAUGCUAAUACCCGAAGGUGAUUGGUUCUGUCCACCGUGCCAACAUAAUUUACUAGUGAUCAAAUUGCAAGAAAGUUUGAAAACGUACGAUCAGGUAGCGAAACGGCACGAAAACGAAGUGUUGAGAAAGAAAAGACUGGCCUUUGUCGGUAUAAGUUUAGACAAUGUUCUCCAUAAAAAUGAAUUGCCGCGUCAGAAAGAGUCGAAGGCUUCUAGUCAAGAGUCUGACAAUGAAUCGUCGACUUCUUCCUCUUCGUCGAGUUCGGAAACAUCGUCCAGCGAAGAAAGCGAACCUGUGUAUCAGUUGCGCGAAAGACGAUCCGCGAAUAGGUAUAAAUUUAAUGAUUACGAUGCCAUGAUCAAUGCCGCCAUUCAAGACGAAGUGGAGGCGGUUCAGGGUGCUGGAAAUCAAGGAAGAGGGAAAGACAUAUCAACUAUAGUAAAUGCGAAGAAAGAGGAAGCAGAGCUUAAUUUCAAACACGAAGAUUUAAAUAUGGAGGAGACGCAAGAGACCAAAAAUAAUAUUGAUAGGAAAUCGGAGAAAGAUAGCGACGAAGAAUACAAAAUCGAAGGAGAAGAUGGUAUGGAAGACGAUGAAGAAGAACACAAAGGAGGAGGAGUGAGGAAAUUAUUAUCGCGCAAAAAACAUCGUAAACUGAACAGUCUGGACAUAAGCAGCGACGACGAUCCAGAAAGCGACGAAGAUUUCAAAGGUACAAGUUCGGAGGAAGAAGAGGAUUUCUACGAUCAUAUGACUUCGUCCGACGAAAGUACUUUCGCUGAUGUGAAACGGCGCGGUAAAAAGGGAGAUUCGCGAUCGGUUCGAAGAAGUACACGUGCUAGAACUAUGCGCUACGAGGAAGACUUCAUAAACGACGACAGCGAGGAAAGCGAUAGACCAAAGAGGAAAAAAUCUCGAUCUACUUGGGACUCCGAUAACGAAGACAGCGAUAACUCGUGGCGACAGAGAAAGAAAAAGAGUAGAACCACAUCGACAUCUAGAUACAGGGCGUUGCCAAAAACAAAGAGCAAGAAGAAAAAAAAGAGAAAGCGUAUUAUCGAGUCUGAUAAUCAGAGCGAGAAUGAAGAGUCGAACGAGGAAAUGACAAUUGAAUCGCACUCGCAAGUAGAAAGUGAAAAGAUAGCGAUGUCUGAACAAACGACGGAUCAAAUCAAAGUUGAAAAUAUAAAAGAAUGUAACGAGAAUUCAAAUAUGAACGAAAUAAAUAACGAAAAGUUAGAGAACGUAAACGCAACGAUACCAGAAAUACCGACAAUCUUGCCAAUCUCAGAAGUUACCCAGCAAAAGAAAAAGAGAGAAAUCUCGGUAAAACCAAAGAACACUUCGGUUAUACGUAGGAAAAUCAUUUAUGGCGGACUUCCCGACGAGAACAAACCGGAAGAAGAAGAAAUUUUAGGCAGACGGACCCGAGGGAGAAAAAUUAAUUAUCAAGAAGAAAUAGCAUCGGACAGCGAAGAGGAGCUAAAAAAGGCAUUAAGGAGAACGGGCGAGAGCGAAGAUGAAUUCGUCGUGAACGAAGGCGAGGACGUAAACGAUGAUGUUGAAAAGGAUUCCGACUCAGGGGACAUAUAUAAUCCAAAAAAAGAUGGCCACAAAUUGAAAAACAAAUCACCAAAAACCAGAAAGCCAGGGAAAAGUAAAAGUCCUGGAGGUAAACGGAAAACGAUAAACGACGGAACGCCUAAGCAAAGGAAAAAACCUGGUCCUAAACCUGGUAGUAAGAAUAAAGCACGAAAGCAAAACUUUUUGGUCGGUUCGGUGAUUCAAAGAAGAGACGACCAGGACGGAGAGAAGGAUCUCAUGGUUAACGUUAUGGACAAUCCUAUAGCGGAUAUAGACUCGAAAAUAGACGAUAAUCUUUCUGAAAACGUAGGACUGUCCGGUACGACUAUGUCGGUUGCCGGUUCUUUUAGCGGGGAUGUUCCAGAGGGUUCUUUGACAGGACUCGGUCCUGGCGAAUUGGCUGAUCUAGACGACGAACAGUUGGAACAGAUGAUGAUGGAAGACGAAGAAUACGGUCGACGACAGUUGGAGCUUGCUGCGAUUGAAAUCGCGAAAAAAAAGAAGAAAGAAGAACGCGAAGCGAAGAAGUUGGAGAAGGCACGGUUAAAAGCGUUAGAAAUACUGGCGGCCGAAAGACAACGAGAUCCUAAUGCGCCGGAGGGUACCGACGGCGAGGUACCAAAAAAGAAGAAACGAGGACGCCGCAGCAAAGCUGAAAUCCUUGCGGAACAAAUGCGCAGGGACGGCGCUCCUAGUUUGAAUGCUACCGUUUUACCUACCGCUUUACCUACCAGUUUACCUACAAGUUUGCCCACUACUUUACCAACUAGUUUAUCUACCAGUUUAUCCAGCAGUUUACCAACCAGUUUGCCGCAGAACGUUACGAGUAAUAUGUCACCCACCAUGGUAUCCACUAUAUCGACGAUUAUGACGCCUGAGGCAGAGAGAUCUAGCGAAGGACACAUUCCGAUGAUGACAGGGCCGGACGGACAACUUUUCAAUCCCGAUGGGUCCCCAAUGAAACCCAAACGAAGAGGGCGUGGUAAGGGUAAAAAGACUCUAGCUUUGGAAGCAGCUAGAGCCGCAGAGGCAGCAGCCAAGGCUGCUGCUGAAGCUAGUUUAAUUGGCAUAGGCACCGACUCGAAUCCCGAGAUAAAACCUGGCGAUAUACCAAAUGUACUUCCUACACCAGGUAGCAGCACGUCUGGAUCGGCACCGUCCACACCACCCGCUGGCGUAGUCACGACACAGGGUCCGCCUGCUUCGCAAACUACACCAGCCUCGCAGUCCGUCUACUCGUCGUUACCGCCGAACAAUCAGCAGCAGCAACAGCAACAACAACAACAGCAGCAGCAACAGCAGCAGCAGCAGCAGCAGCAGCAGCAGUCUUCCGUUAUUACCAGAAUGCUGCAGUCGCAGCCGGUGUCGAGUAGCCCGCAAUCGUUCUCCGCUGCAGCCGCGGCAAUGGGUCACAAGUAUUUCGGUGGACCAAACGCCGCGGGUCAAAUGAUGGGUGGACCUAGAACAACGGGUUACGAAAUACAACCUCGCGGAAGGAUUCCGUCGCCGUAUAGGCAAACCGGACAAACUUCUAUACCUCCUCAUUUCGCAGCUGUAAGAUCAGGAACUCCACCCAUGAGGAUGAGAGUGCCUGGUCCACAAAUGUAUCAUACACCGCAUCAUCCCAUGGAUCCGUCUCCAUCGGGCGGCGGACCGAUAUCGAUCAACAACAGAGAUCGUAGUUCUCCUCUCGGACCGGGGCCUGCGAUGAUUCCACCAGCCGCCGGAAGUCCUCUGGCCAAAGGUGGUCCUACGCCUCCUCCGCCCCCUCCUUACGUCAGAGGACCUCCUCCGUCGUUGACCAGGUUCGCGGACAAUCCCAUGGGUCCAAGGCACCAGAUGCCUCCCUUCACGAACGCGUCACCGGUCAACCAUAACAUGCAACAACCAUCGCCACCUCCUAAUCGGCCUCCAGGUAACUUCUCGCCAUAUCAUCCUCCACCUCCUCCCAAUUAUCAUUACGGCGCCUAUCCACCGCCUCCGCCAAUGUCCACGGCAGACGAUGCGGCCGCCUAUCAGAGUUCCCCGUAUCCAGCGGAUCAUUUCUCAUCCCCUGCGGAUAAUCCACCACCCAUCCAACAGCCACCACCGCCUCCCCAGACCCAGCCACCGCCGCAGCAGCAAGCGCAUCCGAGCGAUGCCGCUGGUGCUGGAAAUAAACAAUACGACGAAGAAGGCUCGGGAGAGUUUGGCGGUUUGGUAUCGUACUUUAGUAGUCAAAGGGAGGACGAUCUUGAUUCGUAGCAUGAGUGAGACCUUGGCCAACCCUGUAUCUUUAAAUAGCACGCGUUAACAGUGUCGGCAACGGUAACGCGUUAACAGUAUAACGCGUGUCUUUCUUUCGACGGUCCAGGUAAGAUGGCAACUUUUGCUCGAGAGGGAAAAGUACAAGAGAAACGUGAAACGUAAAACGAACUUACAGUUUAACGACCUGUAACGUAAUCCUAAAUGAAAGAAACAAAAAUUAGAUAUAUAUAUAUUAUAUACAUAUAAUAUACAUAUGUGUCUCGGGGCAUUGAAACGUUUGAAAUAACGAAUAAAGAGUAUUUGCAUUAUAACAUUAACAGAUUCAGAACGAUGUGUCCGAUAGCCACGGAUCGUUCCGUGAUGCUGAGCGAAUGAACGAACAUAGAAUUACCUAUCGGUAACUAUCCUACUGUAGCGGAUAGAGAAGGUCAGGAUACAUGUGGGUCACCGGUCGGUUAUCCUAUAUUAUUUUAUAAUUUUCUGCCGAAAUAACAGUCGAUCGUAUACUUGGACGUAAUAUUGCGCUGAAUGUGUUAAUGACAACGAUGUACGUUCUAGCAUUAUUUUCUACUAACAACGUACUGUAAUAACGUUUUAAUACGUAAGGAUACACGCGUAGAGUUAGUAUUGUCUUCCUCUUCGACCUCUUAAGCAAACAGUUGUCUUACGGUUUUUUGUACCUUCGAAGGAGACAGAAAAAAUGGAAACCAGAAAGAUAGGGGAAGCGAGAUUACGAGAAUAAGCGCCGGAGAAACCAAAUCCAAGGUUGGCCAAGCCAGAACAAAAAAGAAAGAAAAUAUUAAUAUAGUAAUCGCUGACAAUGGAGCCUAUUUCCUAAGAGUUGUAAGCUUUUUGUAAUUAGUUCGAGUUUGAUUAAAGUUUCUAUAUGAAAGCGAAUAACGACCACACAGUUAGUUUACAACGCGUCAGAGAUACUGAGAGAUAUAAUCGCGUUUACGCUAGCGAAGCCGGAUUACACAAAGAUCUGACCAGAAUUUUAUCUAAUAACUCUCUCCGUUAAUAUGAUAUACAUAUGCAUACAAAAAUGAUAUUCGUAAUGCACAGUUUAUUAACCGAUCGACCUCCAAAUCCGGCUUAGAUACGUAGGUAUCCUUUCUUCGGUAAACGUUUACUGUUUUUACAUGUCGAUCUUAGUAAUAAUCGACGGAAAGAUCAAGAGGGGGGGGGAGAGAGAGAGAGAGAGAGAGAGAGAGAGAGAGAGAAUGGUAGGAGGUGAAACUUAUUAACACAUUCGGACUAUUCACCGUUGUUACGUGUACAUAUGUAAAUACAAUAAGUCCUUUAGGUUAUAUUAUAUGUAUUAUAUAUACACAAAAGAAACGCGUACACACAAACGUACACGAGUACAUGCUUGCAGUCGAACACAGGUACAAAGCACCACGAUCACGGAUAAUACACACAUACACAGAGUCACUCGAAAUACUUAUACGGUUAAUUAGUGCAAAGGGCACAAAUGUAAUAUUUAAAUUGGAAAAAAAGAAAAACGAAACGAA